AUGCCCGAACUUAGAGCCAUCACCACCGAAUUAAAGUCUGCCUUGCAGCAAUACCCAAACUUCCCAUCUGAAGGGAUUCUUUUCGAAGACUUCUUGCCAAUCUUCAGAAACCCGGACUUGUUCAACAAGUUGGUCCAGGCCUUCAAGAUCCAUAUCGAGGGUACCUUCCCAAAUACCAAGGUUGACUACAUCGUUGGAUUGGAAUCCAGAGGUUUCCUCUUUGGCCCAACCUUGGCCUUGGCCCUCAACGCCGGGUUCGUGCCGGUCAGAAAGCCAGGUAAGUUGCCAGGUAAGACCUUCGAGGCCUCCUUCACCAAGGAGUACGGUGAGGACAAGUUCCAGAUCCAGGCCGACUCUAUCCCAGCCGGUGCCAACGUCAUCAUCGUCGACGACAUAUUGGCCACCGGUGGUUCCGCCAAGGCUGCCAUCCAGUUAGUCGAGCAGUUGAAAGGUAACAUCUUGGAGAUCAACUUUGUUUUGGAGUUGGACUUUUUGAAGGGCAGAGAAAAGUUGGGCUACGAGGUUUUCACCUUGUUGUCUGGCCAGGCCGAGAAGUUGAACUAA